AUGAUUGGGACACCUCGACACAGAUCCCUCACGCAAUACCCUGCGGCCAUAUCUUCUGUAAAACGUUGGUCUUACUCCAAUCCAAGGGCUGCAGUCCCUGGUUUACGCGCAUUCUUAUGUAAUAACAGCUGUCUAGUGUCGAUGGGAUCACCAAGCUGCCCCUUUUGCCGCAAGCCAUUCGUCGCUAAUCGCAUCGUAAAGUUGCACGUCGAUCGUCCAACGUCGGAGCAGGGUAUAGUAGAUGUUGAGCUGCUGCGAAGGCUUGAUGCAGAGGAAGAGAAACGUCAGGCAGAGCUUGAAUCUGCUAUGGAACAGAGUAAGCAACGCAAGCGGGCACUACGGGAAUCUUUGGAAAGGCCGCAACUGUUGCAAAAAAAGCGCGAGGAAGAGGUUGAAGCUCUCAAACAACAACCCCCUACUGUGGCAGGAAAAACUGCUUCUGGUGUUGUACCUAGUCCAAGGGAGAUUCGGGUCGAUGAGGUGGAUCAGCUUCGCGGGGAAUCUUCAACCCAAUGUAGGGGGGGAUAUUCGAGGUGGGCACCCCGGAGCUCUGCCGCGCCAUCGUCGACCCAAUUUGGGCGGGGAGAAGCUGGAGGAGGUGGGGGGGCAGAAGCUGCAUGGCGGAACGGUUGGCAAGUUAGUUCGUCUUCUAAUUCGGAUGCAAGUUCGGAAGAUGAGUCUUUCUGA